CAUCAAUCAUCAUAUAGAAGAUAAAAAGAAUCUCACUAAUGAACAAUUAUUAGCUCGAUCUAUUGACUCACUAAAUGCGGAAAAAAAAUAAAAAUGUACAGGCAAAACCAUAAAUGUUGGUAUUGUUUGGUAACCAAAGAGAAAGAAAAAAAAAAAAAAAAAAAAGAUAAUAGCGGCAACUAAGCAUAAAAACAACAAAAGCAUCGAACUGUACAGAUGGACACAGAGGUAAACCAGCUGCUUUUCCUUUGUGUAUGAGCCGACAUUUAUUCCUCUCUAUUCAUCCAAAACCAACACAAUACAGAGAGUAAUACUAGUACAAAUAUAGUUGUCUCCUCCUUCCCUCAUUUUCCUCCUCCCUUAUCUUCUCCCUUUCUCUCUUCCCAUUUUCUAUUAGUACUGAAUCGAUCAAUUGAAGCAUUUUUUUUAAUCCUACAUUUUGCAUGAGAAAUGGAUCCUUGCCCAUUUGUUCGUUUAAUAGUCGAGUCUUUGGCGCUGAAACUCCCUUCCUCGCCGCAUAAACCCGCCGCCGGCGCCGGCGUACUCCAUCCUUCAUCAACUCCGUGCUAUGCGAAACUUAAGCUCACAAACUUCCCUUCCCAAACUGCCCUCAUCCCUCUCUCCACUUCCGACCACUCAUCCUCCUCUUCGCCGCCGGACUCCUCCACUUCCUCCGCCGCCGGGUUUCAUCUCGACCCGGCGACCCUCCGCAGGAUCCGUUCAAAACCCGUCGUCAGUCUCAAGGUCUCCGUCUUCACCGGACGGAUGGGACGUACAUGCGGCGUCGCUUCCGGGAAACUGUUGGGUUCGGUGAAGCUGAGUAUUAACCUGACCGGCGCGCAGUCUAAGCCGGCGGUUCAUCAGAAUGGGUGGAUGAAACUCAGCGGAACGGGUCACUACUACGUGGGUUUGGAGCCUAAAUUGCACGUGCUUGUCCGGUCUGAACCAGAUCCUCGGUUCGUUUUCCAGUUCGGUGGCGAACCGGAAUGUAGCCCGGUGGUUUUUCAGAUCCAGGAGAAUAUAAGGCAGCCGGUUUUCAGCUGCAAGUUUAGCGCCGAUCGUAACAACCGGUCACGAUCCUUGCCUUCAGAUUUUAACAAUGGUAACAAAGGAUGGAUGAUGAGAACACUGUCAGGUGAUAAAGAGAAGGUAGGAAGGGAACGUAAAGGUUGGAUGAUUAUAAUCUACGAUCUGUCGGGUUCAGCUGUGGCAGCUGCCUCAAUGAUCACUCCAUUUGUUCCGUCUCCGGGGUCGGACCGAGUUUCUCGAUCAAACCCCGGAGCGUGGCUGAUCUUGAGGCCUAAUGGAUCCUCGGUUAGUAGCUGGAAACCAUGGGGCCGUCUAGAGGCGUGGCGCGAGCGAGGGGCUGUGGACGGAUUAGGUUACAAGUUCGAGCUUGUCACCGAUUCAGGCCUAACAAGCGGAGUGCCUAUUGCAGAAGGCACAAUGAGCGUGAGAAAAGGUGGUCAAUUCUGCAUUGAUAAUGCAAGAAAAGAGUCCUCCAUUUUGCCGGUUCGAGGUUUUGUGAUGGGAUCAAGCGUGGAAGCAGAAGGGAAAGUGAGUAAGCCAUUGGUACAAGUUGGGGUGAGGCACGUAACUUGCAUGGCUGAUGCAGCUUUGUUUGUUGCACUUUCAGCUGCCAUUGAUCUGAGCAUGGAUGCUUGUCGACUUUUCUCACAGAAACUCAGGAAAGAGUUCUUCCCAGAUGACCAAGAGUCACUGUCGUAAAACCCUAAAAAAAUGGCACCAGAAAACAUGGAUUUUGGUGCCUUUUUUUUUUUGUCCUUUCUUCUGAUGCAUUGAUAACCUCUGGUUUUGGGAAGACCUUGGUUUGAGCGUGGAAGAUGCUUUUCCUUAAUAAAACAACUACAACAGCAAACAUCUCCCCUGAUCAGAGAAAUGUGAGGCACUGACGAAUGUGGUUUGUUUUGAGGGUUCUUUUUUUUUUUUGUGCCUUAAUUAAGAUUUUUUGUACACUUAGUUGAGGGCUUGUGAGGAUGGUGAGUGAUUCUGAUUAAUUACAUUGUGCAUUAUUGCAAAUUGAAAUUGUAAAAAAAGUAGAGUAAGGAAUUUGUUUUGAUACACUAAUUACUUUAUUAUAUAUUUAUUCAUUCUUUUUGGAGAGAUCAGUACAAUCUUUUCACUUUUUGAUGAUGUUUUAACAGUUGAAUUAAUG